AUGGGCCAUCAGGUGGUCCACCAAAUUAUCUUCGUCAUCCGGGUUGCAGCAGCUCUCAUUGUCUAUUUUAUCGUUAUCUUUUUCACCACGCUCUUCAUCGCAUACAGAUUGGGCUUUGGCUAUAAGCUCGCGGCAACCCAGAGCUUCACUACAGCCAACAACAACUUUGAACUGGCCAUUGUUGUUGCCGUCGCCGCAUUCGGCGCAAACAGCAACCAGGCUCUUGCAGCUACGGUGGGGCCUUUGAUAGAGGUGCCUGUGCUACUGGGGCUAGUUUACGCUGUGAAAUUAUUGGCCAAGCGAAUGGGCUGGAAGGAUUAG